AAAAAUAACAUCAUCGGAAGACCAACAACAUACGAAGCAAAUUAAAUUGGGUUUUUGUGAAUCCCAAAAAUAAAAUGUCAGAAACAAGUAGUAGUGAUGAUACUUCCUCUUCAAAUCCAAUUUUGUGUGCUUCUUUUAAUCAAGAUAACAGUUGCUUUGUGAUUGGGACAAAAGAUGGUUUCAGAAUAUUUGAUUCUAAUUCAGGCACACUUUUAUAUGAUAAAGUUAUUGGAGCGUUUGUUAUUGUUGAAAUGCUUUUCAGCUCUAGUCUUCUUGCCAUUGUUGGAGCUGGUGAACAGGCAUCUUUAUCUCCCAGGCGUUUAUGCUUGUUCAAUACUGAAACUGGAACUGCUUUCCGGGAAAUGAAUUUCAUAACUUCAAUUCUUGCUGUAUUUUUAAAUAGAAAAAGGCUGAUAGUGGUUUUGCAAGCACAGACAUUCAUAUAUGACAUAAACAGUCUGGUUAUCUUAGACACGAUCGACACGGUACCGAAUCUGAAAGGAAUUUGCGCAUUUUCUCCAAACUUGGAUGGGUGCUUUCUAGCUCUUCCAGCUAGCACCACAAAAGGGUCUGUUUUAGUCUACAACGCUAUGGAUCUGCAUUCACACUGUGAGAUAGACGCUCAUCGCUCGCCUUUAGCUGCAAUAGUAUUUUCUUCAAACGGGAUGUACAUGGCAACAGCAUCCGAGCAGGGGACUAUAAUCAGGGUUCAUUCUGUUUCUGAAGCAACUAAGUCUUAUAGUUUCCGAAGGGGAACAUACCCAUCAACUGUAUUUUCCUUGUCAUUUGGGCCGUCAAUUGGACUUCCGGAUGUUCUUUUAGCUACAAGCUCUGCAGGAUCUGUUCAUGCUUUUUUUCUUGGGUUGGCUAUAGAUCAAAGAAGUAGAAGGUCAGGUACCUUUCUUGGAUCAAUUAUCCCAAAUUCUGUUGGCGAUGCACUUAAUGCAACUCAUCAUGUUUUUCAUAAUGCUGUUGCACCCGGAGUAAAGAGUUAUGCAGUGAUUCGGAAGGUUGACAAAGCUGCUGAUGCGUCCCCAUCUAAAUCUACACCUUGCAGAGCAACAAUAUCUAUAAUUACAUACAAUGGAUACUUUCUGGAAUACUUCCUAAGUAUAAACCAUCGGAAUGAGUCUACCUGGACGUUAGAGCGAGAAUUUAACCUGUUAACAGCAAUUUCUGAAGGGGCCGCCAACUCAUCGUGACCUUGGUGUCCCUGAACCCUGUGCAUAGAUCACCGACAUCAGAAAUAUCAUAUUGGCCUUAACCAACUUAUGCUGUAAUCGUUGUACAUUGGUCUAGAUUUGUGUAAGCUUUUAGGCACAGCUCUGCCUUCUCGUGGAAAAGUAAGCAAAUACAUUAUAUAUAGAUAGAUAUAUAUACGACUAUAGAAAGAUCGAAAGAAAUUCUGAAACGACAUGUAGAAUUGUAUUUGAAUGCUAUGUCGCAAUUAUUACUUGAUUA